UGCAGGGAAGGGUUAGCCAUUGCUUAUGGGGGUGGGAGCGCUGUCUCGGUGAUGACCCUUUACAGUCUGGCUGUCUUUCCAUCGUCGGCCAGAACAGAGUUGCCAAGGCAGCUGUGGAAGCAGAUCCCUGGGGACCUUACAAUGUCGUCGAUCAUCUGGUGGUUCUGGUCUCUACUGGCCAUCUGUGCAUCCGACACAUUCCGGGAGAAGGCAGAGGAAAUCAUGAAGACCACACCGGUCAUCGAUGGGCACAACGACUUGCUGCAGCUCCUGAAGCUGUUCAACAACAGGCUGAACGUCUCGAAGGCACGACUUGAACACACUGCCGAAACGCACACCAACAUCCCAAGCUGAAGUCUGGGCUUUGUUGGGGGGCAGUUCUGGUCCGCGUACUUGCCUUGUGACACCCAAAACAAAGACGCUGUGAAGAGGAUAUUGUAACAGAUGGAUGUCAUACACCGCAUGUGCCAACGAUAUCCUGAGACCUUCUGUGUGUCACCAGCAGUUCAGGUAUCCGACAGGCUUUCGGAGAGGGGAAAGUGCGCCAGUCUGAUUGGCUUAGAAGGUGGCCACUUAAUCGACAGCAGCCUGGGCGUCCUGCGGGCACUCUACCAUCUGGGUAUGCGGUAUCUGACCCUCACCACCAACUUGCAAAACACCCCUGGGCCGACAAACUGGAUGGUGGACAAAGGAGAUGACGAGGCUGAGAGCAAGGGACUGUCAGUCUUUGGGAAGAGAGUGCUGAAGGAGAUGAACCGCCUGGGUGUCAUGAUUGACUUGUCUCAUGUGUCCGUGGCGACCAUGAGGAUGCUUGGAGAUUCCAAGGCCCCGGUUAUCUUCAGCCACUCCUCGGCCUAUAGCCUGUGUGAUCACAGGCGGAAUGUACCCGAUGAUGUGCUCCAGCUAGUGAAGAGCAAAAGGAGUCUGGUGAUGGUGAACUUCUACAGUUACUUUGUGUCCUGCUCAAAGGAUGCCACACCUGUCCAAGUGGCUGACCACCUGGACUACAUCAAGAAGGUGGCAGGCGCUGAGGCUGUGGGCCUUGGAGGGGACUAUGAUGGCGUUACAGAGCUUCCUGAGGGACUGGAGGAUGUUUCCAAGUACCCGGAUCUGAUAGCGGAGCUUCUCAGGAGGAACUGGACAGAGGCGGAAGUCAGAGGUGUACUAUCUGAAAACCUGCUGCGGGUCUUCUCUGAAGUGGAACUGGUGAGAGAAAGGGGCCAUUUGGGUUCCUGCCCUUUGCCCACCCAGGCAGGCUGCCUAACUUGGGUCUGUCUCCAGGCAAGCGAUAACAUGCAAGUUCCGGAGGAAGAGCCUAUCCAGCUGGGUGAGCUGGGUGGAUCCUGCAGGACGGAUUAUGGCUACUCACAAGCCCCCAGCAUCCAUCUCCAGAUAGGGGCUCUGCUGGCCUUCCUGCUUCCCUUGCUCUUCAGUCUGAAUCUUCUGUGACAUCCUAAGGACCAGCACCUCUUUCAGUGCUCUCAGAGCUCAGGGAAGACUAGACAACCCAAGAUCCCAUGUUGUCCAUGCAAAAACACACCCUCUCCCAAACAAGCAGUGUGCUAACCUGGGGACAGUUCAAGACACAUGCACGCAAUAAAUGCCAUGGUCCCUUUAA